AUGAGAAAGAAAAAACAAGUUCCUUGUUGUGUGACGUGGAUGAACCUGGAUGAUUGUCAGAGCAAUGGCCCCUCCCAAAGCACAUCCAGUUUAAAAGGAGUCAGAAGGAGCAGCAUCCAUCAGAACAGUCACAGCAACUACUACAACUACAGCACCAGCAACGAAUACAACUACUACACCAGCAACGACUACAACUACAGCACCAGCAACGACUACAACUACAGCACCAGCAACUACUACAGCACCAGCAACAACUACAACUACAGCACCAGCAACGACUACAACUACAGCACCAGCAACGACUACAACUACUGCACCAGCAACAACUACAACUACUGCAGCCUCCUCUGCUGUGUCUGA